AUGCCCAGCGACGUCCUCGUUUCUCAGCUUCGUCCCGGCACCUGGUUCGUGGCUGAGGUUACGUUUGGACGGCCCACCCAACCCAAUCCGCUCUGCCCCUGCCGGCUGCGGGAGGCGGGCGGGGAGACCUCCAGCACCGUCAUCAAUUGUUGCCCUGCUGAGCGACCGUUGGGACGGGGCGGCGCCCUGUUGAGCUCUUGCCUGGGUGUUGAGGCAAUCCCCACUUUACUGCCUUUCGUUGUGGAAGCAAUACGGAAAAAGGUAGUUUUCUUUGUUCGUUUUUUGCCAUUUGGUGUAUGUGCAGGGUGCAGAGUAUUCUGUUUUGCUGUGACGCUUUAA